GGAAGACAUCAACGCCGAGUACGAGAAGCAGCUGGCCAGCAAUACCUCGCCAAAGAGUCACCUCUGAGGAUCCCAAUUUAGGCGAAUUACGAGAAAGAUAUUAGAGAAGGGAAAUUCUUAUCGUUGAGAGAAAAGAAAAUAAGAAAUCACACGCAAGUCAUGCGCACGCAUGCAUAUCGUCACCGCAUAAAUAUGCCAAGCUACUAUCAUCCAACCAAUGCCAAAGCUCAUCGCCAUAUCAUCUCUUCUUCUCUACGUGUCAUAGGCCUUUACUUAUGUUAUGAUCCCGAAAACUCUUUUUCGAGCAUAAUAUUGAAAUAUAGUAUAUAUAUAUCAUGUAUUAUAUGUGCGUGGCAGGUUGAUUGUUUGUUUUUCCUUUUUUUUUAAGUUUUAACAGAUUUUUUUACAUGUUUACAUUUACAUUUUUUCUAUAUUUACUAAGUAUUGCAGCAAGACUGUUACGAUUACAAAAAAAAAAACAAAAAAAAAAUAGUUAAGCAUUAAAAAAAAAAGAGAAGGUUUUGUAAUGUUUUUUCUCGUGUGUUUUGGUAGUGGUUUUUUUUUUUUAAAUAUACUAGACUGUUGUUACGAUGUACACGAGUAUUUGUCGAAAUAUUAUCAUGAUCUGUCGCACGAUCUCUACACGUGCGGAUCAUUGUAUUGUAUAGAAAUAAAGAUGGACGAUAUUAAUUUUCAUA